GUGUUGCUCAAUGUUUUUUUUUCUAUUUCCAAUAUUUGAAGAUUGCUAUACAGCUUCAGACCUGGGAGCCUUGAACUGUAUUUCUCUAUCUGUUAUUUCGUAUAUAGGAAGGUGAUUGGAUCUGAACAAUAUCCUCUUUUCGCAUAGUAACUUUCGUCUACCUUUCUCUCUUAUUGCACGAUUAUUCAUUAAAGUUUUACGAAUCGCUUAUUACAAUCGACCCUGAUAUUUUUAUAUUUUGAACUUCAAUCGUGCAUGUGAAUUCCACUGAAUAAGACGGAUUUUUGUCAGAAAUUUCUCUUUUGUUCUGAAAAAUCUACAAGGAACAAUAGCUUCAUAUGAAACAUUCGAAAUGGUACUUCUAUAUUUCAUUUCAAUUCAAGAACCUCAUACUUUUCCUCGUAAAAUUUUUAAUACCCCAUGUUAUUUCCUGAACAGGAUAUUUGUUAUUAUUCAUCAAGUGUGGUGUAAGCUAAAAUAAAGAGUCUAGUUCAUUAGUACAAUAUCUCGCAAUUAAAAUAUGUGGAAGUGCAUACCCUUUGCAUAAGUCCGUGCAUCAACAAUCGUUAAAUACACUUCCCGAAAUCGCGUACCGUGACUUUCUCUCGUAAGAAUGGCAGGCAAGAAUGGGCGCUAAAUCAUACCAUACAUGUCGAUUUUUAAAAACUUGACUCUUGUUAGAAUAUUCACUUAAUCAUGAUUGAAAUUUCAAUGUAAAACAAUCAAGUCUUUGAUGAAAUAAAUUUGAUGCCGUUUGCAGCGUGAAAUCUGUUAUAUUGACAUUUUCUGAAUUUGGUCAAGUCAGCUUUCCACUUUCGUACUUAUUUUGGUCCAAUUCUGAAAAAUAUACAUUAACCUUCUGUUAGUCGCAUCCACUAAGCAAUAUCUUGCCCCUGGAAAUAAAUCCGUGUACACAAAGCACAUUUCGGCUCGCUAAACCUUAAAAUAUAUCCAUAAACGGAGCAUUGCUCCUUUUUUAGCAUUGUGCCAUAUGCAGAAAAACUCGUAAACAAUAAGGAUACAAGCAAAAGUCUGGGGAUAUGCAGGACCGCGACGACGCAAGUAGACUGCUAGGCGAUAUCUUGCAUAAAGACCAAAAUAGGUUGCAAGUGCCAAGUUUGGUCUGGUAAACUUAGCUCCGUAGAACAUGGUGCCAUAUAUAAACUAGCAUCUAUCUAAUGCUUUCUAGGCACGAAUUUUCACGUUAUUCUAUAUUUCAAACACACUCGUUAAAAAUAAAAUGCGUUUUGGCAAUAAGUUGAAGUUAUUUGCAACCGCCGCGCUAGCUGCAACUCCUGUCCUUGGUCAACACAUCACAAGUGAUACCACUAACUAUGGCUCAGUUCUUCUCACUGGAAAUGUAGAGGUUGACUCUGGUGUCACUUGGCAGAUAAUUGACGCUCUUGUUGAGGCCUUCUUUGGAGAUAUUAAUAUAAAAGGAAAUCUCUAUAUUACUCUUGACAAACCACCAUUCUCAUUGUCUAUUACUUCGGCUACCCUUAAAAGUUUCAACAAUUCAGGGGUAAUUUUCUUCAAAUCCAUUCGUUCUGGUGUUGCUCCAAUUUAUUCAUUUGUGGUUGGCUCAUUCUAUAAUACUGGUGAUAUCUUCUUUAGUGCUGCUGGAAAUGUUCUUCAAUCCGUUUAUAUUAUUGCGGCCCCUAGUUGGAAUAAUGCAAAGGGUGGUUCGAUUUUCUUGUACCAAGAUAAGAGGGCCAAUGGUUACGCCACAUUAGGUCAAGUUGGAGCUACCAUUACAAAUGAUGGACAAAUCUGUAUUAGAAACCAUGCAUGGACUUCCAAUACAAACGUGAAGGGUUCAGGUUGUAUUGACGUUGGAGUAAACUCGAACUUCUGGUACAUUAACUCCCUUCUUUCAUUUGACCCUGAACAAACCAUUUACCUUUCCACCUCUUCCUCAUCCUUAUUGGUUGAGUCACUUGGAAAAGCCCAAACUUAUAAAGUUGCAGGAUUUGGUAACAACAAUAUUAUUGGGCUCACUGUUACUAUUACUAAGACUAACUAUGACCCCAACACGGGUAUCUUAAAUCUUAUGACUGGUUUACCACCUUUAUACUUUAACCAAUACUUUAAUAUUGGUAAAGGUUACGACCCAAGUAAGAUUAUUGUACAAACUGUCAGCUACGGAGGUCUGAUCGGAACUGGAAUUUACAAUGCUGGUGUCAAGUAUGAUGGGCCAGUUCCUGAAGGAAGUACCCCUCAUACUGUAUGUACAGUUUGUAAAGAUGAACCAACCCCACCUCAACCUUCAAGCUCUGUAACACCUUCAUCCAGUACUCCAGCUUCAUCUAGUGCUCCAGCUUCAUCUAGUGCUCCAGCUACUUCUAGUACUCCAGCUUCAUCUAGUGCUCCAGCUUCAUCUAGUACUCCAGCUUCAUCUAGUGCUCCAGCCACUUCUAGUACUCCAGCUUCAUCUAGUGCUCCAGCUACUUCUAGUACUCCAGCUUCAUCUAGUGCUCCAGCUACUUCUAGUACUCCAGCUUCAUCUAGUGCUCCAGCUUCAUCUAGUACUCCAGCUUCAUCUAGUGCUCCAGCUACUUCUAGUACUCCAGCGUCAUCUAGUGCUCCAGCUUCAUCUAGUACUCCAGCUUCAUCUAGUGCUCCAGCCACUUCUAGUACUCCAGCUUCAUCUAGUGCUCCAGCUACUUCUAGUACUCCAGCUUCAUCUAGUGCUCCAGCUUCAUCUAGUACUCCAGCUUCAUCUAGUGCUCCAGCCACUUCUAGUACUCCAGCUUCAUCUAGUGCUCCAGCUACUUCUAGUACUCCAGCUUCAUCUAGUACUCCAGCUUCAUCUAGUGCUCCAGCUUCAUCUAGUACUCCAGCUUCAUCUAGUGCUCCAGCUUCAUCUAGUACUCCAGCUUCAUCUAGUGCUCCAGCCACUUCUAGUACUCCAGCUUCAUCUAGUGCUCCAGCUACUUCUAGUACUCCAGCUUCAUCUAGUGCUCCAGCUACUUCUAGUACUCCAGCUUCAUCUAGUGCUCCAGCUACUUCUAGUACUCCAGCUUCAUCUAGUGCUCCAGCUACAUCUAGUACUCCAGCUACUUCUAGUACUCCAGCAACUGAAAGUACCCCAGCUACUUCUAGUACUCCAGCUACCUCUGUUCCUGGACACUUCACCACUAUCACUACUCCAUGGACUGGAACUAUUACCAGUACUAGCACUGUGUAUCCAUCUGAAUCAGAAGGUACUACCACAAUUGAGAUCUUGACUCCUACUACUCCAGCUACCUCUGUCCCUGGACACUUCACCACUAUCACUACUCCAUGGACUGGAACUAUUACCAGUACUAGCACUGUGUAUCCAUCUGAAUCAGAAGGUACUACCACAAUUGAGAUCUUGACUCCUACUACUCCAGCUACUUCUGUUCCUGGACACUUCACCACUGUCACCACUCCAUGGACUGGAACUAUUACCAGUACUAGCACUGUGUAUCCAUCUGAAUCAGAAGGUACAACCACAAUUGAGAUCUUGACUCCAACUACCCCAAGCACUAACACCAAGACUGACUUUAGUACUACACUUGUCACUAUUACGUCUUGUGUUGAUAACCAAUGCACAGGUAUUCCAGUUAUUACAGGAGCAACUGUAGUUACAACUACAAUUGAUGAAGUUGUCACUACAUUUACCACCUAUUGUCCAAUCCCUACACCAGAAGUGAGCACCGUAGUUCCAGGUACGAUUGAAGGUCCUAUCAUUACUACUGGUGAAGUUGUUGUUACUACUACUCUCUUAGGAAAUACUGUCUCAACUUAUACCCUGUACGUCACUGCAACAAUAGAGCCUGCUUCUCCUGCUGGUCCACAAGCAGUGACCCCAGAAUCUCCUGCUGGUCCAGAAGCACCUGGUGCAGGUACCACUACACCCACUGGUACCCCAGUCGGAACCGAAAGUCCAGAAGUUUCAGUAUCCUCUGGUCCAUCUGGUUCACCCUCUUCUCCUGCUGUUCCUGCUAUUCCUGCUGCUCCUGCUGUACCAACUGGUAAUGGUGCUAACAUUGGAAAGUCAAUUUCAAUGGUUGCAGUAUUAAUUCCAUUCUUCGUGAUGCUCGCUUAAAUAGGGCAAUUUGUUUAUUAUUAUACCUUCUUUAGCAAUUUUUUACUUCCAUUCGAUAUUUUUUAUGCUUAACAAUAUACCCUAUAUUAAAUUACUUUGUAUCCUUCAAAUAAGUUAUUUCGAUCAAAUGAUUUUUGAUCUUUAAAUGCGUCUUGGAAUUUGAAAAUUGAAUUCGCACCCAAUAUUCAAAUUACUAAAAAAACCACGCAGCAAG